CUGUGCUGUAUCAGUCGUACGGUAUCCACGGUCCCGGGCGCGGACAUUCGCGGUCGCGCACACGCGAAUCAAACAGUCAAACGGUCUCCACAGGUCGAAAGUGCGUGUGUACGGGGCAAGACGAGCCUCGACUCCGGUACCGCGGAGACCUGCCACUGCGGUGUGCGCUGUGCAAAGCAGCAGGAUCGAGGGAACCAGGGGCGUAUCGUAUUUGUUCGGCUUCUGCCGUGAUUCAGCUCAGUGUGCCCGCCCAUUCCACGGUAUGUGAGUUUCAAGUGGCGGCUGCUGAUGUGACCGGUGAUAGUAGCUGCAGUAGUUCUGUCCCCUGGAUACCAGUAGCUACCGAGGUGAUGCUUCUCCAGCUCCGGAACCAGCUUUGAAUCUCGCGGCAAUCUUGAGCGAACGAUAGAGAGAGCGAGAGAGUGCGCCCGGAAGGGUGGUUUAUAGUUAUUCCGUUCCGUUCCGUGGUGCUAUUGUUGUGGUUGUUGCGGUGUUGCGGUGUGCGCCAAACGUCGCCGUGCGCCACGGUGCAUCUCCUCGGGGCUCCAGCUAGCUCCCAGGGAGAUUCACUGCAACGCACGCCCCCCACCUUCAAGCUGGGGAACUGCAUUGAAAGUGUCGCCGUCAUUCAAUCCAAAUUCUCCAAACACGGCCACACGAUGACCACGGUCCUGUACUAUCUGCCACCAUCGCCACCGUGCCGAUCGGUGCUGCUGCUGGCGAAGAUGAUCGGUGUCGAGCUGGACCUGAAGGUGCUGAACGUGCUGGAAGGCGAACAGCUGAAGCCGGACUUUAUCGAACUGAACCCGCAACACUGCAUACCGACGCUGGACGACCACGGGCUGGUGCUGUGGGAAAGUCGCGUAAUAAUGUCCUACCUGGUGUCGGUUUACGGUAAGGACGAAAGUCUCUAUCCCAAGGAUUUCCGCUCGCGAGCGAUCGUCGAUCAGCGACUGCACUUCGACCUAGGCACCCUUUAUCAGCGAGUUGUAGACUACUAUUUUCCGACCAUUUUCUUCGGCGCUCACCUGGACCAAACAAAGAAGGCGAAGCUGGCCGAAGCGCUCGGGUGGUUCGACGCAAUGCUCAAACCGUACCAAUGGUCCGCGGCGAACCACUUUACGAUAGCGGACAUUUCGCUGUGCGUCACCGUGUCGCAGAUCGAAGCGUUCCAGUUCGACCUGCUACCCUAUCCGCGCGUUCGUGCCUGGCUGCAAAAGUGCAAGGACGAGCUGGAACCGCACGGUUACCACGACAUCAACGUGACCGGAGCGGAAACACUGGCCGCCCUGUUUCGCUCGAAGCUGAAACAGUAGAACCUGAUAAUAGCGCGCUAGUGACCGAUAGAGAUAGAGUUUUAGCCUUACUGGACCAUCAACACGGUUCCCCUCCUUUGUUUUUUUUUUAUUGUAUCCAUGAUUCCCGGACGCGCGCUCCCGGGGGCUAAUGGAGCGAAAUAAAGAUAUUCUGAGCAACGUU